AACUGAAGGGCUAACAACGGUUAUUCAUACAACUAGGGAGCCGACAACUCCUCCUACCGUUGAUCAUUGUGCAACCUCUCCAUGUGAAAAUAACGGCACAUGCAUCUCUGGCGCCACUUCCUACACAUGCACAUGUGCGACAAGAUUUGGUGGAGAAAACUGUCAAGAGCUCACAAGUGAACUCGGGGCUCAGGCAAUUGAUGCUUCUGCACCCGAUUCCUUCGAAAAGACAGAGAAUGUGCUGCAAGAAGUGAAAACAGAUAUUGACAGCGCUACCAGUAUCAAUGCAUUGAACCGAACUUCAAAUGUCAUCGGUGUCCUUGUUGAGAAGGCAGCAAGAUCGGACUGGACAGGGACGCAGCUCGAAAAAGCUGGUGAAGAUGUUCUAAAGAGUUCGGACGCCCUUCUGUCAUCUCUCCGGGUGCAGGCCAAUCCAGUAUCAGGGAACGUCCAAGGUGCCCCCCAAGACUCAGAGCUUCGCCCCCAGAAAGAAGCAGUACUGGAGAACGUAGCUCAGAACGUCGUUGACCUUGGCAGCGUUGUACUGAAGGACAAGGAUGAAGGGACUUUUGACGUCCACACUGACACCGUCAACGUGUCCUAUACAAAGGCAUCAACGGAAGACUUGACAAAGGAAUAUGAGGAUGAUGAGAUUAAGCUUCCUGAUAGUCUGGUGGACAUUGUUGGAAAUAGUGAACUUGUCCUAACGGAAAUGAAACUCGACAAAAACCUUUACGAUCAUUCGACAGAACACAUAAGUGUGACGGGUCCUGUCGUUCGCGUUGCCUUAGCGAAAAAAGAUGGUAGCCUCGUUCAGCGUGUAGACCCCGAUGGACCAAUCACAAUGUACAUUGAUGCCGAAUCCAGUAAAUCUUUCGAUCAGAUGGAGCUUCACCAAGAUGGAUCUACCCUUACUGCAGUACAACGUGUGUCUCUUGAUGGACAGGUACCAGUGAUAAUGGUUGAGUUUGAAGUUCCUCCAGAGUUGCAGGUCCUGCUCAAAGGACGGUUUGAGGAGCUGCCUAGAACUUAUGAGAGACACUUCGAAGUAAUUGCUGGCGAAAAAGUGGAGGAGGUUUUAAAGCACGACCACGUCAGCUUCCAACUUUACAAUGGAGAACUGUUUAUGUUCAUAAAGGAACCAGCCGCACUUCCGAGAGCCCUGUACCUUGUGUUGCAGUAUAGCAACCGCGGUAAUAGCAGAAAACGGCGUUCAGCCUCCAUGCCCAAAAUGCGUACGAGAUCACUUACGCCCAAAGUAUGGAACUCACAAAACAUUGGCUGGGAAGAUAACUCGAAUCUUCUGGUUACCGGUUUAGCUAAAACUGGAAAGGUCAAAUUUACGUCAAACUUUUUCGGGACGUUCGCCCUAAAUGAAGUACUCAUAGCGCCGACCCCCAUCGACUUCAAUCGGCUCUUCCUGAACAUAGAAACCUACAUCAGAGACAGUCCGUAUGUUCUGGCAGUCAACUGUUUUCUUGUUGCCAUGACAAUCAUCGUGGCGAUCCUCCUCCGAAGAAUUGAUAAAACUGAUAAAGAAAUGUGGCGUUACCUUCACCUGCUGGACAACGCUAACGCCGAUACCUGCUGCUACACGUUAAGCGUACACACGUCACUGAGAUCAUCACGUCACUUGACGUCAACACCAUAUUUCAUCCUCCAUGGUAAAGACGGCAAAACGAAAUCCAGAAUAUUGACAGAUGGAAAGCGGAAGAACUUCGUGCCGGGAACGGUCUCCAACUUCUACAUGACGACGGGGAGCAGUCUUGGUGCACUGACUCGCCUCAAGGUGUGGCAUGACGACAAGGGCUCGUCCAAUUGGCACAUUGACAGGAUUGUUGUCAUAGAUAUGCAGACCAACGACAGGUACAUAUUCAUCUGUCACAAAUGGCUUGCCCUUGAUAAAGAUGACGGCAGGCUCUGCAGAACGUUUGAAGCUUUCUCGCCGGACGGUCAAGAGAUAGCUAUGUUCGACAUCGUCUCGAAACAGAAGCUUUUUGACGAUCACCUAUGGCUAUCUGUCAUCAAACGGCCAAUGUUUAGCCGCUUUACCAGAGUCCAAAGAUUCCUGUGUGCAGUGGCGAUGCUGUUUCUCGGGAUGGUCACCAACGCCAUGUGGUUCCAAGACUACGACAGCAGUACCCAGAAAACCAGAGGUAUAGAAAUAGGCCCUGUUAAGCUGAACUACAGGCAAAUUUACGUUGGGGUGAUGUCCGCAGUCAUUAUAGUUCUCCCAGGGUUUCUCAUGACUUGGGCCUUCAGGAGAAGAGGUUUGAAGGGUGAGGUGGUGGAGGAAAGUCACAACAGAAAAGGAAGAAGAUGUCGAUGUAUUGGUUACAUCACUGGAGAGCUGCUUCUACCCUGGUGGUUUAUUUUCGUUGGUUAUAUGGUCGUGGUGUUGUCUAUAGGAGCAAGUGCCUUCUUCACCUUCUUGUACAGCUUGGAAUGGGGAGGUGCUACAUCUACCAACUGGCUCAUGUCACUUGUAUUUUGUACUACCGGAAGUACCAUCCUUGUAGAACCCAUCAAGAUACUGAUCCUGUCAGUGGCCCUGUCAAGCGUGUUCCGGAGGACCGCCCAGGAGGACAUGGGGAUCGUCGCACCGGUGAAGAAGGUCAACGCCCGGGGAAUCAUGUCUAUAGUUCCAAUGAGUCUGCAAUCUGAGAUCCCAGAGCCGCCGGAUGAGAAUUCGGAAGAGAUCAAGAAGCGGCGGGAAGAGCUUGUCCUGAAACACCGGCUGUUCCUGGUCAGCAAGAGUCUAGGGGCCAAGCUGGCGUUUAUUGUCGUUCUCACCAUCAUCUGUCUUCACAGUAAUGUCAAGGAAUCCUACCUACUGAACACCCUAAUGAAAUCAUAUGCCAACAAAACGUUCCUCUCAAAGAGCGUUAACAAAACGUCCGAUGUUUGGGGAUGGUUUGACCACGAUUUCAUACCUGCACUGAUUCCUAAACGACAACUAAAUGGCAAUCUGAUGUCCGUCUAUGACCAGAGGUUUACCGUGGACGGUGUCAACUAUCGACUAGGAGCAAUCACCUUGCGACAGUACAGAGUCAGAGGUCCCUGUCAUAACCAAGCGAUUACAAAGUGGUACAGUGCUCCUCUUCGGUGUAUGCCGGGAUACUCUUCCCAAUCAGCUGAAACGGGCGUAUUCAAAGAACAAUGGCGGCGGUGCAAUGAAACCGACAUCUGUACGGAGAAACCUUUCCUCUUCACCAAAAGCACAGGAGGUACAGGAAUAAUCAUUGAAGGAACUUUCGGUUACUAUGGUGAUGGCAGCUAUGUUGAAAGCUGGAAUAAAGAUCAAAGGUACGCAUCAAGCAGGAAGACAUUCGUGGAAAGAGAGAAGUGGUUAGAUUCGCAAAGUCGAGCCCUGAUUGUGGAAGCGUCCUUCUACAAUCCCAACGUCCGUCUGUUUACCCGGCUGCAGGUGAUGUUUGAGUUUCCAACACUUGGUGGUGUGAGAUUCAACGUUGAUGCCAAGACAGCACGACUCUAUCCGUACGUGAACGUGUGGGACUACCUGAUCCUUCUGUUACAAGUAGUUUUUGCCGUGAUUGUGGUCAUCCGAAUGCAAAUUCUGUCAUUCAGCGUGCUGUUCCAGUGAACGGAUUUUAAGUUUAAGCACGUGUGUGUGUUUGUUUUAGAAAUGUUACUUUCGCUGUGUGCAGUGAUCGUGUAUGGAGUAAAGAUCGACAGGACUAUCUUCGUAGUGGAGGAAAUUCACAACAACCCAGAAAACUACGUAUCGUUUGACUUAGUUCAUCUGUUGGAUGAAAUCUACAGGUGCAGCCUUGGAAUGGUUUUGUUCAUACGUAUACUAUAUCUUCUACAACCACUGUCUCUCAACUACAACCUGUUCCUUAUGCGGGCGACUCUUCUCGCCUCACAGGCGGAGCUGUUUGGGUUUUCCUUUAUCCUCACCGUUGUAGUGGCAGCAUACGCAUCCUUCUUCUACCUUCUGGAGGGGCCAAUCACGUUUGACAUAAGAACUUUAUACCAUUCCUACCUGGCCCUGAUGGAGUCCCUCCUCGGGUUGGUCCGAUCUCGACAGCUGGUGUUCUCGGAGUCCGGGAUUGAGGUGUAUCUCAAGCAGACAAUGUUCAUAUGUUUCUCCUUCACAGCGACAAUGAUUCUCAUGAAUAUUGGAGCCAGUAUUCUAAACAUCGACAUGGCGUCGAUCAAGGGUCAUAAAGACUUUACAGUUGGUCCCGAGUUUGAUCGCAGCUUGAACGAAUUCCUUGGGAAAAUUAUAGAAGAGUUUUUCAGCAAGUGUUCGCCCAGGGGUCAACGUGGAUUGACAGAUUCAGUCUACCCGUUGUCGAAGGAGAGUGACGGGGAUGAUGCGUCCAUGGGUGUAAAUACAUUCGAGAUCACCAGCAAGCUGGACAAGUUGAUGAUGACGAUCACCAAUAGCAAUAAUGCUGACAUCCUUCUUGCCCGUUCUAUCGCGAACAAUGCUCUGCUGGAGCUCAACACUGCCCAGUCCCGUAUCAGACAGACUGAAGAGGAAGUGUUUAUCGUCAAACAAGAGCUCAGUCACCUGCAGGACACCGUCCGUAGACUGGCAUCUGAAGAAGAGAAAGCACCGGUUCCAGAGAAGGCCGAAGUUACGCUCAGCGUCGAUGACACCACAGGAAGGGCAUACGUGAUGUUCAAAAUAACAUCAACAUCCCCAACAACAGCCGAGGAUGUGGAACUAUGUGAUGUCACGAGCACGGAAACGGGCGCUCUUAUAUUGGGCAUGCGCACUCUCUAUGGAAAGGUCUACAAGUGUCAGUCUUCACUUGGUCUGCAGAAGCAGCCCGUAAAUCUCCAGUUCAGGAUAGCCAAACAUCCUCAUCCAUAUGAAAACGCCAUUAUUGCCGUUCGGUCAGAACACUCCAAGAAGUGGAAAUUCCUCACAACGAGCAGCGGUGCACAACACAAUGGUUUAGGAAGUGAGAGUGAAGGACUUGUGGUUGCUUGUUUAAGUGACACUCUUCCAGAUUACAUUGCAUGCGUCUCGGAACCAAAAGCUUUUGUUCAAUCGGUUACGCCAUCUGGUGGCGAGUUUUCACUUCCGUUUGAGCCAAGGUCAAGGUUCUUCUAUGCGGAAGGAUGUGUAAAAUCUCACUGUGAUGUGACGAUUAAGCUGAUACCAAGGCACCCCGUCCCGAUUGUCCAAGUCAUACCCGAGGGGAACCUUAUGUGUCCUGUCAAAGUUGAGAUUCCAUUUCUGUCAGACACCUAUGAAAACAAUCCUGAGUCCGAGUGGCUGGUACUGAGCAGCACGUCAGACAACAACUGGUGGAAAGCCCCGACACAGAUAGCGGUAGAGGGGUCCAUGGUCAUAUUCCAGGCUUAUGUUGGUCCAAUGGGCAUACGGAUAUCAUUCUGCCCCAAGGUGUCGGAACUCCAGUGGAUCAAACGUGUUCCUGGAAGCAAGCCGCCCGACCUGAUUGACCAUGACUUCCUGGCUGGACUCUCCCGACUGGUCGACAAGGAUUGGACAGCCUUGGCGUCAUCCCUGGGGUUUUCAUAUGCCCAAAUAACCAAGAUUACAUCUGCCCAGGGAGUGAAAACACAGAAUGAAAUGUGUUGCCAAAUGUUGUUGAUGUGGUACAAACAAAUACCCAUCGCAGCGGACAAGGUCAAAUCUGAAGGGGUUCCCGACCUACAGACACACUCCUUGAAGCAGGCAAUCAAGACGCUGGGACGAAAAGAUAUCAGCGACUGGUUCGAGGCACAGGAAAGUCUGUACAAAACAGCGACGGCGGACUCGGCAAGAGAAACUAAAAUGGUGAAAGCAUUCAACACAGCCGUACGCCACGAGGAUUUGUGUGGUGCCUGGCGUCGUCUGGCUGGAGUUCUGGCCUUACCCAAAGAGGAGAUAAUCCAGAUCGAUUGUGGAACUGCAAGAACCACCAGCGAAAAGGCUUUUGUUAUGUUGAUGAAAUGGUUUAAUCUGAACCCUGGUUCCAACCUGAAAACCCUGCAGGAGAAGUUGGUUCAGGCAGGGUUCCCUCUCGUGGCGAAAAAGGUACAAACCACCCGGUAGCCGAAGGUAUUGGAGGUUCCAGUUUGAUAUCAGCUACCCCGUGAAGACGAAAGCAAUAAUGUUACUGGUGACAAAAGACGUUGAAUGUUGCUGUUGACUGUGAUAUAGAUGACGCGGACUGCGCUACUGACCGUUCGUUGAUUAUUCAAGAGAUGGGUGUUUAGAGACAAGCUGUAUUGUCGCGCGAUGUUUUAAAGGCUGUGUGUUCAUCUGUUAAAAAGCCGAAAUUAUGUGUGCUCACAAGAGCCAGCAUGUGCCAGGAUACAUAUAUUUUGCCAAAAUUUAAGCAUAUGUUUCGUUUUCAGCAACAAAAUUUGUUUCAAAAUAUCAAACGUUCGGUUCCUUGUAUGUCAAGUCUUUGUUAGUUCAAUGGCCGGUUUUGGUACAGAUACAGGGACUUUUAUCAGGGUUUUUUGUUUAGAUGUUUCUACAGCUUCAGCCACUGACAAUGUUGUGAUAUAUACAUUUACUAUUACGUAUGUAUCUUUCACAUUGAUAUGCGUAUGAUACAUAAUAAUAUAUUUGUGUUCAUUAUUCAUUCAUUAUCGAAGCUUUCAAUCGUAAAAAGGUCAUACGUUGACUAGUGUGAUUAACCUGUACUCAUUUCAUCAGCAAACUUUAAGCACAGGAAUUCUGCCGUAUGCAUCAAUAAGAGAAUAGUAUGACGAGUUCGACGAGUUUGAAGCACGCCAAUAGGCGUUCAUCACGUUGCCAAUAGUCUCAGCCGUUCAUCACGUUGCCAAUAGUCUCAGUCGUUCAUCGCGUUG